CUGCUAAGUCUCACGACGCAGUGGUGAAUUCUCACACUGCUAAGACAAGGCUCAUAGAAGAGUCUUUGAGUGUACUCUUUGUUAUAACUCUUCAUGAAAUUUUUAAAACAUCUUUCUCCUCAGCAUGUCACUUCUUUCUUUUUUAAGCUUUUUGCUUGUUUUGCCACCACAGCUUCUAUUUACCCAAUCUUUUUUAUACCAUUAGUGCUUGAUCUAGUGACUGCUUUUCUUGAGGGACCUUGUGGUAUUAAUAUUGGUAGAACUGAGUGUCAGAGUUCCCCCCAAAUGAUUAAUAUACUAAGGUAAAUCUGUGAUGUGGCAUGUAUGUUGCAGGUUUUUUUUGUCAGCAUUAGAACAAGCAGUUGUGGUUCUGGCAUUAGCCUUGCAAAAAGAAAAAAAAAAAAAAGUUAAGUUUUAUCUGUAAUUGAUAUUUCUUAAUACAAUAGCUGCUUUCCUUGUUGCUGAAUUAAGAGUUUUCUCUGGCUACUAUUUUUGAUAGUGAAAAGCAAGAACUGAGGAGAAAAACCAUGAAGGUAUUGGUUAUUGGCCUUGGAGGUGUAACAAAUGGGGGGAAAACAACACUGGCAGAAAAGCUUAAGAAAAUGCUUCCCAAUUGUGAUAUAAUCUGUCAAGAUGACUUCUUUAAGCCAGAGUCUGAAGUAGAAACAGAUGAACGUGGAUUUAAGCUGUAUGAUGUACUUGAUGCCCUUUAUAUGGAUGAAAUGGUGAAAAGUAUUCGCAAUUGGAUGAAAAGCCCAGCAAGCUCAGGUGUUGUGACAGAAGAGCCACAAAAUACAUGUGACAAUCUGAAAAAUACAGAUGUUGUUUAUAUUUUGAUUGUUGAAGGCUUUCUGCUAUACAAUUAUGAGCCACUUAAUGAACUAUGGAAUAGAAGAUAUUUUUUGACCCUUCCUUACGAAGAGUGCAAAAGGAGAAGGAGCACCAGAGUCUAUCAGCCAGCAGAUACACCGGGUUACUUCGAUGGACACGUAUGGCCUAUGUAUCUGAAAUAUAAAAGUGAAUUGGAAGAGAAUGCAAGUAACAUUGUUUAUUUGGAUGGAACAAAAUCCCAAGAGGAGCUUUUAUCCAGUUUGUAUAGUGAUAUAAUACAGGAAUUAAAAAAGCUGAGGGAAGAAAAUCAGCAGGUCACAGUAUGAUAACAUAGAAAGCUUGGGUUCUGUCUGAUGCGAACUGGAAGCCCCAAGACUGUCGUAUUUGGCAAGCCAACCAACUGAGCAGAUGUUAAUGUAUGUUUAUAAUACUCAUUCAGAGAAUACAAGUAGAUUUGUAGUGAUUACUGAGUCUGUAAGCCUCAGGUAUUGUUGAGUAAUAUUAACACUGCAUUAUUAUUGAGAAUUUCUUUAAUCAGUCAUGCUUUGGCUGACCUUUGUUUGAAUGUGUACAUUUUACAGAAUAUAAACAUAUUUUUGUAUACAAAACUAAACUAGAAAGAUGCAGUUCUUUUGUAUUAAUAAACAUAUUUGAGCAUGGAUCAGUACAAUUUUAAAUGUUCAUAUACAAAGGACAGUGAUUAAUUUUAUGAGCUGCUAAUCACCAAUAAGCAUGGUUAGAUGAACUGGUUGUAUGUUGUGGCAGCAGUAAGUUGAAGAUGGUAUGAAGUGUUACACUGCUUACUCAGUAACAGAAACUGUUAUUGAAUAUAUAACUGAACUUACUUGCUAAACACCUCUGGUGUUUGCCAAGUAAUUUUUAAUUUUUAUGUUGUAUGUUGGUUUGAGCAGUUAGGAGUGGGUAUUUAAAAAAAUCCAAACAAACCUGAAGAGAAGUCAGGUUGUUGGGAAAAGAUGGGGGAACAAUAUGGAGGCUAGAAUACAGAUGCAUUGCUAAUGACAUCAAGUACAUGUACUGUGUGAAAAUCAAGGACUGGGGUGGCAGAGACUACUACAAUAAAUGUGCGCAUCACGGAGGAGGAAGAGGGAAGAAAUAAUUCUGGUUAAUAGUCAUAGCUCAGGUUGAAAUUACAGUAACAAAUGUAUUCAGAAAGCAGCCUGUGAAAUGAAUGUUGAAGCUUUUUUGUAGAAUUUGUGUAUUUAGAUAAAAUAGAAAACUGGAAAGUUUAAUCAUUUAUGGUGGCUGAAUAAUUUAUGAACUCUUACAUUUUCUUUGAAAACUUACCAGCUAGAAUAGAAAUCAAGCCACAGACAUGAAAAGCAAACAAUGGCUAUAUAUAUAUAUGGGCUAUAUACUGUGUGUCAGCUGAACUGAUCAGUGAUUGAAAUGUAAUGCUUUAUUGUUAACAGUAUUAAGGGUCAUAAACCUGUAUAUAUAAAGAUUUUGUUAAAAGAGUAGAGCUGUGUGAAGCUUCUGUUUCAGACAAAGUGCUUCCAAGUACUAUUUUGUAUUAUAAUUUUGCAGUAAAAAUACUUCAAGAGAGAUUUGA